CAUUUAAAACCCACCGUUUCCCUCACUCUCCCUUCUUGCGCUCUCUGCAGCAAACAGCACUCGCACCUGUCACGCGCAAAAUGUCAACGCCGAAGCUCCGAAGCAAAUUUCCGCCGAUAACAGAAUGCAACGGAACGACGUCGUCGCGCCACUCCAUCGCCGCCGACCUCGACGGCACGCUCCUCAUCUCCCGGAGCUCCUUCCCCUACUUCAUGCUCGUCGCCGUCGAGGCCGGCAGCCUCCUCCGCGGCCUCAUCCUCCUCCUCUCCGUUCCCUUCGUCAUCGUCGCCUACCUCUUCGUCUCCGAAGCCCUCGGCAUCCAGAUCCUCAUCUUCAUCUCCUUCUCCGGCCUCAAGAUCCGCGACAUUGAGCUCGUCUCACGCGCCGUCCUCCCUAGGUUUUAUGCUGCGGACGUGAGGAAGGAGAGCUUCGAGGCGUUCGACCGCUGCAAGAGGAAGGUUGUUAUCACGGCGAACCCGACGCUGAUGGUGGAGCCGUUCGUGAAGGACUAUCUCGGCGGAGACAAGGUUCUAGGAACGGAGAUCGAGGUGAAUCCGAGGACGAAGAAGGCCACGGGUUUCGUGAAGAAGCCUGGCGUGCUCGUUGGAAAGUUGAAGCGUCUCGCCAUUUUGAAGGAGUUCGGUGAGGAGUCGCCGGAUAUCGGAAUCGGAGAUCGUUCGUCGGAUCAUGAUUUCAUGUCCAUUUGCAAGGAGGGUUACAUGGUGCCACCGAGCAAAACAGCGCAACCAGUGCCACAGGAGCGUCUAAAGAGCAGACUCAUCUUCCACGACGGUCGUUUCGUGCAGAAGCCAGACCCACUGAACGCCCUGAUCACCUACCUAUGGCUCCCCUUCGGCUUCAUCCUCUCCAUCAUAAGGGUCUACUUCAACCUCCCCCUCCCCGAGCGCAUCGUGCGCUACACCUACGAAAUGCUGGGGAUCAAGCUCGUCAUCCGCGGCCAUCGCCCUCCGCCGCCAUCCCCGGGCACCCCAGGCAACCUCUACGUCUGCAACCACCGCACCGCCCUGGACCCCAUCAUCAUCGCCAUCGCCCUCGGCCGCAAGGUCUCCUGCGUCACCUACAGCGUCAGCAAGCUCUCCCGCUUCCUCUCCCCCAUCCCCGCCGUGGCCCUCACCCGCGACCGCGCCGCCGACGCCGCCCGCAUCAAGGAGCUCCUCCAGCGCGGCGACCUCGUGGUGUGCCCGGAGGGCACCACGUGCCGCGAGCCCUUCCUCCUCCGCUUCAGCGCCCUCUUCGCUGAGCUCAGCGACCGGAUCGUGCCCGUGGCCAUGGACUGCAAGCAGAACAUGUUCUACGGCACCACCGUUCGCGGGAUCAAGUUCUGGGAUCCUUACUACUUCUUCAUGAACCCCAGGCCCGUUUACGAGGUGACCUUCCUGGACCCGUUGCCGGAGGAGAUGUCGUGCAAGGCCGGGGGGAAGACGUCGAUCGAGGUGGCGAAUCACGUGCAGAAGGUGUUGGGGGAUGUGUUGGGGUUCGAGUGUACCGGGUUGACUAGGAAGGAUAAGUAUAUGUUGCUGGGAGGCAACGAUGGGAAGGUGGAGUCUCUCUAUGGUACCAAGAAGUAAUGAGAUAAUUAUGGGCAUUCAGUUAAUUGAUACAGAAAAAGGUAAUUAGCAAGCAAGCAAAUAGCAAUUGGUAUUAUUUUUGGUGGGGUUUUGUUAUGAUAAUGCUCUAAGUGUUUCCAAUGCUGUGCUCAAUCUUUCUUUAUGUCACUUGGGUUUUGGGACCCUCUAAAUAAGGGAAAUGUUUUUAGAUAGAUUCUUGAAAUGACAAAUGAUUUCAAAUAGUGGAAAUAUUUUAUUCAAACUCAUCAGAUUAAAAGUCUCCAUCUUUUGCCUU